AUAUCUCAUUUUUAUUACAUAUAUCUAAGAUUCGUAAAAAUAGGAUAGGAGAGGCAGAACCAAUCACAUGUGCCUUGUAAUGUUCUGUAUUAGAAAGAGAAGGCGAAUCUAUCAAAACUUCUCUUUCUAAAUCCGGAUUACAGCAGCGCAUGAUCGAACGCGCAGCUUACAUUCACUGAACGACAUGUCGUCGCCCUUCCAUCACUAACCGCUCUCGUCCUCCAUCCAACGCAUUUCAUUCCCUCGCCCCUGACCGAUUUCGAACUCGCGACGUCGCUUGAAAGUUGGAACUGCAACUGCGGCCGCCGCGCUAGUUUGACACUUUCGUCACUGUUUCGUCACGAUCGAGCAAGCGGUGCGCGAACGCAGCAGCGGCACUAGCGGCAGUGGCAGCGGUAACGGUGACGGCAACGGCAGGAAGCGAUCUCCUUCAGUUUGUUUUCGCAACGUAACGCGCGUCCGUUCGCGCUCCCGGCGACUACGGCCGGUCCAGCGGUAGCGUCGACGACUUCCUCGGAUUCCUUUCCUUCACGAGCGACGGUCGUCACACCAUCGUUCGUCCUCUCAUCUGUAUGCCUUGCGUACGCCCCCACCGUCGCCGAUUUUCCAUGAAUGUUGAUAUUGUCUUCCCACAACCAUUGGUAAUGCAAAUAUCCUUCCUUGAUUUGAAGUCUGCAAGAUGGUUCUCAUCGUCCAGUUCCAAUUUUAGCUGAGAGUAAGACAGAAAUAGCGAAACGAAUACAGUCCAGCUUGGUGGUAAUGCGGGGGUGGUAAUGUGGAUCUGCUUCGACCUGAUAGGAAGCCGAAUAGGCUGGGGUACUUCCAUUUCGUUCGUCGUCCUCCUGUAUUGGACCUCCAUCACCAUUGAUGCCAGUUUAACGAAUGCAGCUGCAUCUAAUGUCCCUCGUAAUACUGUCACGUCGGAGAUAUCGAUACCAGCGUCGGCACAUCAUGAGAACGACGAAUGCAGGAAUGUGACCACUGACAAUAGAGAGGGUACUGGACUGUCAGUGGUCAGCCAUGGAUCCGGUUAUCCUCAUUCGCCGAUAGUGCCUCCAACCUUUCUGUACGGAGCUCUUACCUGCCAACCCUAUCAAGGAAUUUAUGUGAAUCACAUCUACUUUCAACUCGCAAAUGCCUUCUUUCUAUUGUCACACCUUGCACCAAGCGGCAUACAUGGUGUACUCUAUUUAAGGUGCACUCUACUCGUGGGCUGUGCCUUUCUUGCUUUGUGGGGCUGGACAAUAGCUUGCUGGCUGGAUGCUGCUCUCUGGAAUGCUCUCUUUGUUGCCAUCAACUUCGUCCAUGUAUGCACGCUUCUUUACAAGCUCAGGCCUAUCAAGUUCACAAGAGAAAUUGAAGAGGUAUAUGUUGCAGUAUUCCAGCCAUUACGGGUGUCUCGUCAUCAAUUCAGAAAAGUAUUAAAUUGCAUGAAGGUCAUUCGUCAGUUGAAGUAUCAAGAAGUUUAUGCACAAGAAAAGGUGACCAAAGUCGAUUCUUUAUCGUUGGUGCUGUCGGGGAAACUAGUUGUCUCACAAAAUGGGAGAGCAUUGCAUAUUGUCUUCCCACAUCAGUUCCUAGAUUCUCCAGAAUGGUUUGGUGUCUCGACAGACGAAUAUUUCCAGGUGUCAAUAACAGCUAUGGAAGAAUCAAGGAUAUUGUUAUGGCAUAGAGACAAACUAAAGUUAAGCAUAAUUAGCGAUCAAUUCUUGCAGGCAGUGUUUGAUCACAUUCUGGGCAGAGACGUAGUUAAGAAAUUAAUGCAGGUGAGUGAAACAAUGGCUGCUAGUAGUCAUCAGCAGCAGAACGGACAAAUAAUCGGUCUAGGUGGAAUUGGAGCCUUAGAAAAUGAUGCUGAUACAAAACUUUUUGUUGUAAAAAAGACUGGUGAUAGUCAAGGCAUUACUGCUCUCAUCAGUCGUCAACUUCAAGCGGCAGGAGACCCGAAUGCUUGGAGAUUGGGAAGAAUCGAAGAGACUGAUCAUGAAACACCCGUUUAAUGGAAAAAUUAUUAAAUCGAUGUCAUCCUCGACAGUCAAUAUAACAUAACAUCGGUGUUUUUACAUAACGCAAUUACAGCAAGCUGAUAUUCAUUGUGACUAAAUAAUGUGCAUAUUGAAACUAUGCGUAGAAAAAAAUUGAACGUUUUCUUGCCAAUUAAUAAUUUUCCCAAUGGCUAGUCAACCAUAUGCGAUAAUAAGAAAAAAUUCCAUCGUUUUGUAGAGUAUGAUGAAUUCCAUUCUAGUUUAUAAAGCAAUCUAAUCAAUAAGUUUAUGCUUCCAGUAUAUUUGUUGGGUAUGCUUGAUAUUGAAUUUAAAGUGCGGCUAUUUAUGAUUAUAACUUUGAUAUUUCGGUAUGUUGUGAAUGAAUAAUAGAUCAAGACUUUGUAAGUGUACGCAAGGAUAACAAAAAAUGAGGGUGACAUACAGCGGCGUAACUUCUGUUAAUGCGAGCUCUGUGAUGUCGCAAUGGUACUUGAGAGAUAGUCAGGGAGGCCUAAAGAAACUAAUUCUUUCCCAUACCCAGAAAUAGUGCCUUUUUACUUACAUUUCCUUAAUGUUUCUUAAUGUUUCCAUGGAGAAAAUAUGUACAAUAUAUUACUAUAUAUACUAUAUGACAUAUUUAUCCAAUGUAUCUAGUAGAUUCUCCAAAUGUCGCUGUAUUACAUGUUUGAAGAUCUAUGUUAUGAAACUGUUAAGUAACCGAUGUUCACAAGUCAAAGAGACAUAAGAAGUUACGCCAUUAUUAAUGCAUUGAACAUUACAAAGUAUGACAUAAAGAACAUUGUUGCGAGAUUCAUAUCGCUAUAUCGCUAUUAGAGACGCCGAAUCAUGCAUAUAACUUUCGAUAUUUAAAAUAUUACAGAUUGCUACAAGGUAACAUUAUAAUUAUGCUCAUAAAUUUAAUUAUUUCAUUAUUGCUCUGUUUGUUUGUGAACAGUGCAUAUGGUAUCGAUUGUUUUUGUAUAAUUGGAUAAGCGAAAGUAAAAGAUGUAAAACAUGUUACAUAAAACAGAUUGUUGGAAAUUGUCUAAAAAAUGUCAAUAACUUAAAAUUGAAAAAAAAUACAGAAAUCAUAUUUGAGAUAAUAGGGCUUCAAAGCAAAAAUCGCUUCUGAUGGCUAAAAUAUCUCGGUAAUUAAACUAUCAAAUAAUUACUUUGGAAACGACUUUGUUCAAUCUUUAGAAAUGUCAUAUUGAAAAUUAGAAAAUUGUUAAAAAAUAUCAAUAACACGCUCCUACAUCCUUAAAAUUAUAAUACAUACUUUAAGAAGACUUUUUAUAUGUAAAGUCAUAGUUCCGAACAACACAUGUAACAUAUUCUAUUUCGGAUAUUAACGACAGUUUAUUGCAUAAUGUAACAAUUAUUCUCCAUUACAUAUACAUAUGCCUCAUAUCCGUGAUGAUAUUUUGAACUGAAGAUAUCAUUUUAUGUAGCAAAGUAAAUGAAAUGAAAUGUGUAGAAACAUCUUUUGAUAUGUAUAAACAUGAAAUACAGGACCACAAGAGUUAACGUUUUUUGCAUAUAUAAUCCAUAUAUAAAAAACAGACGAUUUAUUACUUUCUAUGAAUGUGAGUUAUUGAAUCUUUGUUAUUUAUUAUUUCUUAUUGUUAUGAUUAUUUUUGUACAUGAAAAAUUGUUUUUAGUAUAUAGUUAGAGAUAAGAGAGAGUGGUUGAUGAGAGCUUGAAGAAAUUAAAUCAUAUUGGAUACAAUAAGAAUGCAUAUAAAGUGGCAGUGCGAAUAAAGAAAGUUAAUUUUAAAAAUA